AUGAGAGGAAGCUGCAUCAGGAGCACCGGACCCGAGAGAUUUUCAGACAGUGAACCUCCAGCACCGCAAACUUGCCGAUGCAGCAUCCUGGAAGCAUCCGACCACAGUCUGACUCUGAGUCCGUCCAAAAACUCCGAGCCUCUGACCAGCUCUCCGACACCGAGCACCAUCUCUGUCAAGCGCUUCAACCCCGGCCCCGGCAAUAGGCAAAGCCAAGGAUUUGGGGCCUUCCCCUCCGGAGAUUCUCAAUCGCAUAGUAGCAGCGGCAACGAAGCGGGCAUUUCAGACGUUUCUCCAGGUGUUCCUCCGUGCUUCUCACGACUGUCUCCAUCAAAUCAGGAUUGUGCACGACUCCCUAGUUACCACGUACAAUAUCAUUCGGAAUGGCCGCGCACGCUGUUCAUCCUUCUUUGUCUUUCUCCAGACCAAGACCACACUUGCUGCCUCUCAGCCAUCUUUGGCAGGAGUAGAAGAAGCUCCUUUACAAGACUGAAUAAUAAAGGACAAGGAAUACUGCAUUUGAAGUCCUGUAAUGUUAGAGUUCUAUACAAAUCCAUUAGUAGGAUAAAUGAGCCAAUAUCAGUAUCUUCCCUCAGGCCAGAAUCCUCAGCACCAAGGCUCGGCACUGUCUGCGUGCCUGACGCUAAAUCCCCCAAAAGAGGUACUCCACUCUACGCUUUGUCACGUCAGCCAGUUCAGGGAGCACAGAGAAGAUCCUUCAAGACUGAUUACAAGGCCUCUCUGGGGAGAAAUCAUGAAACAAUAUCAGCUUUUGGGCAUCCCAAGGCCAUACCUGCUGAAACUAUAGAAGCAUCCAGAAGGCACAAAGUGCUUUGGGUCUUUUGAGGAACUGAAGAAGACCAUGCAGGCAUUGGAAAGGGCAUUCAGUGAUCCAAAGAACUUGGCAACACUGACAAUCUGAGUAUCUGGCCUGGGACUUCUCCGGCUGGGUUGAUGACAUUUCACAUUAAUUCUUUUCCUCUAUCUCCACAUGUGAUGUCUGAACUAUGUGUUACUAUUCUAACUUGCAUUGUUUAUAGAUCUUCCAUCAUUGCCUCAUGUCCAGAUGUAUCUGGACUCUGCACGAUACAUUGAGGAGCUACAAUCCUUCUUGGAGCAAGACAACUACAGCUGCCAUCGUCUCCAGUUUGGUUCUCCAAGGUUAUUUUUGUUUUUACUUUUACUGUUGAAUUCGACAGGAGGAGGUUGCGCCUUUUCCUGCAAAAAUAAACACUGGCUGCAUUCCGAAACAUUGAUUCACUUGAGAUUUGCGGAAUUCCAGAGUUAUUCCACGAGGCUCACAUAUGAUUUGACAGCGUUCCACAGACUCUCUCUAUUGCUUGAACCUGUGUCAUGUCCUCCACAUCGAAGCUGAAGGUGAGGGCUCCAACUUUGUGCAAAACUGUAGUGCAAGCAGGCAAUCAGGUGAAUGGCCAUAAGGAAGUAGAUUGUGAGGUCAAGAGCCUUAUCGUACUAGUGGACAGUUCAAUAGUUUUAUAACCAGAAAGCUAUCCUUGAGCCUUGUGCUUUCCGAGGAACUGUUAUCAGUGUAUUUUUUCAUGAC